CAACAUUCUUUGUACAUUCACACCAAAAUCAAAGCUCAAAAUACAAUUCAAAUUAUUUCGUGUUUAUUUCUCUCUAUAUUCAAAAUCCCGAAUUCCAAUGAGCCAACGUGUAAUUUCCGGUAUGGUUUUUCGACAUCUACAGUCGAAUUUUUCAUUAUUUAGUAGUUCGAUGAAUAAUGUCUCCAAGAACUGCCGACCCUCAAUCACUCAUAUUUUUGAGGCAAGGUACUAUAGUAGUAACCUAGGUUCAAAAGGUAACAAAGAAGACGAGCCAGCACAAGCUGUGAAAUUCAAUUCCAACUUUGAAAACGUCGAUGGCCAAAAUGGUAAGGCUGUCGUUAGCAGCUACUGGGGAGUGCCUCCGUCGAGGGUGACCAAGGAGGAUGGAUCGCCCUGGCGAUGGAAUUGUUUUCGGCCAUGGGAGACUUAUAAAGCGGACACUUCAAUUGAUGUGACAAAGCACCACAAGGCAACUACGUUCAUGGACAAAUUUGCCUAUUGGACUGUUCAAUCUCUCAAAUUCCCCACCUACUUGUUUUUUCAGAGACGCCACAUGUGCCACGCUAUGCUUCUAGAGACGGUGGCAGCUGUCCCGGGCAUGGUGGGCGGGAUGCUCCUACACUUAAAGUCGAUCCGGCGGUUUGAACACAGUGGUGGUUGGAUCAAAGCCCUUCUCGAAGAAGCAGAAAAUGAGAGAAUGCAUCUAAUGACAUUCUUAGAAUUAUCCCAACCGAAAUGGUACGAGAGAGCCCUAGUAUUUGUUGUCCAAGGUGUAUUUGCAAAUGCCUACUUUGUGUCCUAUGUUGUGUCCCCAAAACUUGCUCAUCGCAUAGUAGGCUACCUUGAAGAAGAGGCAGUGAAUUCAUACACUGAAUUUCUAAUUGAUUUGGAGAAGGGCCUUGUUGAAAAUAGACCGGCGCCGGCAAUCGCCAUUGAUUACUGGCAGUUGCCGUCGGAAUCAACGUUAAAAGAUGUUGUCACGGUUAUCAGGGCAGACGAGGCACACCAUCGUGACCUUAACCACUUUGCAUCGGACAUUCAAUGUGAAGGACACGAGCUAAAGGAAUAUCCUGCCCCGCUGGGAUACCACUGAAACACUAAAGAAGUUCAAGGAUCAUGACAAGAAGUAUGAUGAGGGUAAUAUGAACAGGAUUCGGCCUCGUGGGCUCACAAUAUCUCUACACCCGCUUUGCAUGGUGGUGGAGGAAGUGAUGUGUAAGCAAUCUCAUUGGCGAAUAUCCAUCCAUUACAAAGAACACUAAAAAAUCAUAACUUGAGAAAAUAUCAUCUGAGACCAAUAGGUUGGGACGCCUCUCCUCCAACACCAAGAGAUGUUAAUAAGCAGUGGCGGACACAAAUAUCUUGAGUUAGUGGGGCACAAUCAAACUUAUCAAAAAGGCGAUGAAAGAAUUUAAAUAUUCAAUAUCU